UUGUAUUUUACUUGCCGCUCUUCCUCAAAAAUUACUCCUCUCUCUGCUCUGUGCGUCGUGAAUUUUGCCCUUUUGUCUCCUGUCGUGAUUCUUCUCUCUCUGACAUCGGGAGAUUUUCCUGAAAUUUACUCUCCCAUCUCUCACAUCGUGAAGCUUGUCCGUUCAUCCUCUCUCUCUCUACUUGCAAAACUUUGUUCCCCUCUCUCUUAGUCUAUCUCUCUGUUGAUCCAUUUUGCCUGGUGGUUGGACCUGCAACUGGAGCUUUAAUGGCGGAGGACGAUGACGGGGAGCUGGAGAAACAGUUGGAGCUCCAACUAAUGGAGCAAAAAGAGUCAUUGGGGGCCAUAAAUGAUGCCCUAGUUUCUGAUCCCCAAAAUCCCGAGCUUAUCAUGGUGCAUGAAGAGCUUAUUGCAGCAAUCAAGGCUGCAGAGGAAGGGCUUUUUCACUUGAAACGAUCACGAUUAUUACUAGAAGCCAAUCACCUUAUUUCUGGAGCUGGUUCAGAUUCGAACUAUCAGGAAGUAGAACCAGAGCCUUUGGAGCCAUCAAAGGUCGAAGCUGAACCAUUGGAAGAGAAGGGUUUCUCAGUUGGCGCAAGGUGUAGGUUUCGUCACACCAAUGGUCGAUGGUAUGAUGGCCAUGUCAUUGGAAUCGAAGGUGUUCAUUCUGCUAAGAUCUCUUUCUCGACGCCAACCUCAGAAAAUAUGGUGAUAUGCAAGUUCUUUCUGCAGCAGCGGUGUCGAUUUGGCAAUAACUGUCGUUUGUCACAUGGAGUUGACAUGCCCUUAUCUUCUCUCAAGCCCUACAUCCCGCCAAUAUGGCGACAGUCAUUGGUGGGCUCAAGCGUUUUUGCCCUAACAGACAGCCAAGCUGGUAUAUGGAGAGAAGCCGAGCUCGAGUCAUGGGAUGAUGGUCUCAAGAUGGGGCAAGUUGUGUUCCGAGACGAUGGGACCCAUGCUAAGCUUGGGUCUGACUUUCUCUCCCUAUAUGAGUAUGCCCAACUUAGCAAUGAGGAGCAGGAAACAAGUUCCAGGGGGUCAGAGACUAGUGAUGAUGAAGAAGAUGAGCUUGGUGCAAGCCCAGGUGGACUAGGCCUGAGCCCAAAUGGUGUUGGCUUUUUACAGGCCAGCUCACUUAGGCAUGGGGUUCAAACUGAGACUGCAGUGUUUGCAAAGUGGGAGGUUCACACUCGUGGCGUGGCUUCGAAGAUGAUGGCAAACAUGGGCUAUAGAGAGGGAAUGGGGUUAGGCUCAUCGGGGCAAGGCAUUGUGGAUCCAAUCCCUGUUAAAGUUCUCCCCCCUAAGCAAUCUCUUGAUUAUAUAAAUGGGGUUGAAGAGAGAGAAACAAAGCGGGAAAAGAAGCGAAGUAGAGGGGGUCGGAGGAAGAGAGAGAAGAGAUAUGCAGAGGCUCAGCGAGCUGCGAAGGCUGAAGAAGAGGUUGCAAAUGACGUUUUUGGUUUCAUCAAUAACCAGCUUGCUAUGCAAAAGGAGAAUGAAAGAGAAAAGUUAGGUCGUAGUGAAGUGAAGGAGAGAGAAAUUAAGAGAGAGGAUCGGCGAGCAUUGGUGGCAUAUGAUGAGGAAGUGAGAGAGUUGAGGAACCGGGUCGAGAAGCUAGAGGAAAUGGUGGAACGAAACCGGAGAGAGAAAGCAGUUUUUGAGGCUGCCAGUCGUAAGCUGAAUGAGACCCGAAGGGCUCUUGCUGAUGCUGAGGCAGCUCGAGCAGCAGUGUCAAAUGAGGUCACUAGGAAGGAGAAGGAGAAGAGGUGGCUCAAGUUUUGACACACACACACUCUCCCUCUCUCUCACACACAUUUGGGUUGAAUGAUACCUUUGUAGUGUAUAUUUGAUCAUAUGGCAUAGGAAGCUCUUUAUGUUCAAGAUGAGUAUUUAUAUCGAGAUAGCAUAUCAUUCUCUUUGUUCUACAUUGUGGUACCUAGUGUGUGCUUUGUGUCAUUUGAAAACGAAUUUUUAUUUUAAGAGAUUAUUUUUGG